GAUUAAAAAUUGGAAAUGUAAAAGGAAAAGGAGGACAAAAGGAACCCUAGCUCGUCUGUUUCCUCUCCCUCGCGUUCAGGCGCCCAAGUCCCUCCCUUGUCUACGGCAGCAGUGCGACGACCACGAACCCGCGAUAACAGUCCUUGGAGAUUAACAGCGGAUUGGAGUUGGUUUGCUGAUUUAAUUGGGGUGAUAUGCGUAUUGUUUGCUGAAUCAUCUUCUGGACAAUUCUUCUUAAGGAUAAAGUUGAAGAUGGACAUAAUUUCCCAACUGCAGGAACAAGUUAACUCAAUUGCUGCUUUAGCUUUCAACACAUUUGGGACAUUACAAAGAGACGCUCCUCCAGUUCGUUUAUCCCCUAAUUACCCCGAACCACCGUCUCAAGAACCUACAGAGGACAGUGCAAAUAUCGCAGAACAGCCCAAGCUUAUGAGUGCCGCUUUGGUGAAAGCUGCUAAGCAGUUUGAUGCAUUGGUUGCAGCAUUGCCUCUCUCUGAUGGAGGUGAAGAAGAGCAGUUGAAAAGGAUUGCAGAACUGCAGGCUGAGAACGAUGCUGUAGGUCAAGAACUUCAAAAGCAGCUACAAGCAGCAGAGAAAGAAUUAAUACAAGUUCAGGAGCUGUUCAGCCAGGUGGCAGAUAAUUGCUUGAACUUGAAGAAAGCAGAUUAAAAGAGCGGGGGGAGUUUUCCUAUACUGCGGACGUAUAAAAAUUUUCCAUGCCUCCCUCGUUCAUUUUCUGCCACAUGGCACUUGUUUUUAUAUUAAAUGUAUGUAGAAAUAUUCGUGGCUCUACAGUUUAGGGAAGAAAAUAGUUCUAUUGAUAUCUUAUUUUAAAAAGUAAAUUAAAAAAAAAAAAGAACUGUUCCCUUACAUUUAUUUAUUAUUUAUUUUUGUC